AAAAAAUGUCUGCAUCCUGAUUGACUGCCGCCUGCCGGGUUCCAUAUUUCGAUUGAUUGCUUAGUGAUUAAAGGCUUAUUAAGCGUACAGGAAAUCUUUGAAAACAAGAAUAACACCGUUAUGCUCCGAGAAACCGAGCUGACGAUAUCGGAAGACGACUCCUUUUUUCGCACACCGGAAGGCAUCAAACUCGCGCAAGCGUUUAAUUCGGACCAUGGACAGGAAUUUAGCGAUUUGAUAGGAAACGCUGUAGAUGUCUUGGCGAGGAACCGUCCAUCUGACCCUAUGUUGUCAUUUGUGCGAGCGUUUCGGCCAAAACUACCGGUGGGACCAAUCGUGUCACCGGACGCUGAUCCUCUCGAAUUUCCUCCAUUAGAACCAGUCUUAUCGGAUGUGCAGGUCAUUCCCACCGUGGAUUCCGUCGGAAACAUCGGCAUCCGAACUCAGAUUAUUCGUGACAAUUCUCAGAUAGCGUUCUGUUUCGACACAAUUUUUGACGAAACAACAACGGACAUUCAGAACAAUCAUCAAACAGCGUCCUCAUUCAAACAUAGAAUUCGGGAAGCAGCUCAGAAUUUUGCAAGAGAGUGGAUGAGGGACUGGCGUUUUAAAUAUGGAAAGCCGAUAUUGAAAAAUUACUUGAAUAUUGAGCAGUCACUGAGUACGUUUUUCGACGCAAAAACUGAAAUUCCCGAGCCGACACCAACUGCACCUGACACUAGUGGAAAAAACACGAAAAAACAACACCUGCCUGCAAAAGCGCCGCUCCCGACUCAGAAAAAGCCUGUCGAAAGGAUUAAAUACAACGCCCUGGAAGACGGUUUCGUUGGUGUCUACUUGGUGUCGUUCGCUUUGCUGGGUUUUCUCAGUCAGCAGUUACGUGUUCCCUUAAGAAGAUUGAUUCGGCUUGUAGCCAAUUUAAUUCUUCCGGAAGCCCAGUGGCCCAUCACGAUUCCACUGCCUUUCCUCCGAUUGUUCGCUACACCCAGACAGCAUACCGGCAAAGUAAAAAUUUUGCAAGAAGUGCUGGUUGUUCCUCAGUGCAACUGGAAUCCAUCGGAAUUUUUCGACAGAGUUUACGCUGUGCAUACGAACUUUAAAAGGAAGAUGGCUGAAAACCAACAAGUGAAUUUGUACAAAUGUGGCUCUUUCUAUUGGAAUUUGGAAAAGAUUUCUGAUGUUUUCGGCCCAAUCAGAAGUUUAAUGGAGGAAGUAAAUCUGGAGGCAGCGUUGAGCGUAACAUUAAAAACGACGGAUUUGGAAGAAACUAAGUCACUUUACGAUAUUAAAGGGAAACCGAAAGGUGUCGAAUCGGUAAUAAAAAUCCUUUCUGUUUUGAUACGCCGGGAUCGAACACUGAUAGUCAUAUUCAAUCCAGUGAAUGUCGAGCAUCGUGAGAAGCUGAAACCACUUUGCGAGCGCUGGGCAGAAAGACAACGGAAGUUAAUCUUCUUCCACGACAAAUUCCAAGAAUUUCAUGAAACAUUACAAAAAUUUCCGCCGCAGUUCCGUGGCGCACUGAUAAGCAUUAGGCCUGAGGAAAAUCUAAGGAAUCUCAUAAAGAGAGUAGCCGAUGCACAUGGUAAACUACAAUCUUUAGGAAUACCAGUAUGCCUCCAGAAUAUUUCCGGUUUACAAUUUGCGGAUCCAACAGUACUUGUGGAGGUUGCCGUUGGACUGGGAAUUGAGUUCGUUAAGAUUGAUUCACCCGGCCGACCGGAACUUUUCCAAGUCGCCGACUUUUACCAGCAACUGUCCGACCAUUACCGUGGGCGUACUUGUAAACCAUUGCAGUCACCGGAAAUGGUCGAUGAUAACCAUGCUAUGCCAAAACUGGAAAAAUUAUUUUCCGAAAUAUAGUUAACAUAAAAAGGCUUGAUCGAGAGAAUAUCUAUAUGUCAGCGUUCAACAAAAAUGAUCAGAACUUGAAGUAUUACUUUUAAAACUUCAGGAGUUAACCAUGUCAAAGCAGUUCAACGUCAGUGCUGCGUCACCAAUCACCAUAACCAAAAUAUUUCCGAGCAGUUCCAAAACUACAGUUUGGAUUCAUUGUUGUUGCUAUUCUUUGUAUAAGUAUAAAAAUGCAGUGUUGCAUGAAGGCGUCUUUUUACUGCAGUCGAGAAGACAGACGAUACAGAAUAACAAGCCACCACCGUAGCGCUUACAAUUGUUAAAUGUAAGCAUAGUGCCGUUAAUUUUAUAAUAACUAUAUAUAUAACAACUAAAAUUUCUAACACCACUAAUUAUUUAGUGGCGUUAGAUACAACCAUAUUUCUGAAAGGGUAAGACAUGAGAAAUCAAAAAGAAUACUGAAACCGUCCCACGAAAAUAUCCGCGUUAUUCGGUCGGCGGGUCACUCGCAGUCUGCGGACAGAGGACUUUCUUCAUCAGCUCCAGCAGAAUCUUUCGUUCCUGUUGCUCCAUGACUAACCGAUCGUCCCGCUCCUUCCGGUCCGCCUCCCACUGUGCCCUUUCCAACUCCAGUUUCAUCUUCUUCACCUCCAA